GCAGCCGGCAGAGAAGAAGGCCGGCGGCGCCCCACGCCUCCCCUUCCCUUCCGGCGAGUCGCCAACCACUUUGUUGCUUCGGAGAUGGGUCGUGGGGUUCUUCUCCCCCACGCGAGGAGGCUGAUGCUGCUCCUGCGGCCGACGGGCUUCUCCACGUCCGCCCCCGUCGCUUCUACGCGCGAGCCGCUACACGUCUGCGUCGUCGGCAGCGGCCCCGCCGGAUUCUACACGGCGGAGAAGAUGCUAAAGGGUCAUGAAGGAGCGCAAGUUGAUAUUAUUGACAGACUGCCUACACCGUUUGGCUUAGUUCGUUCUGGAGUGGCUCCAGAUCAUCCAGAAACAAAGAUUGUGGUAAACCAAUUUUCUCGUGUAGCUGCGAAUGCCCGCUGCUCAUUCUUUGGGAAUGUGACGCUUGGAAGUGAUGUAUCUCUAUCAGAGCUGCGGAAGACAUAUGACGUUGUCGUUCUUGCUUAUGGUGCUGAAAGUGAUAGAUCAUUUGGCAUUCCUGGGGAGGACCUCAGGGGAAUACAUUCAGCUCGAGAGUUUGUAUGGUGGUAUAAUGGGCAUCCAGACAUGUGUAACUUGGCACCUGACUUAAAAAACACAGAUUCUGCUGUGGUCCUUGGACAGGGAAAUGUUGCUCUUGAUGUUGCCCGUAUUCUUCUUCGGUGCACAACCGAGUUGGCUUCCACAGACAUUGCUGGUUAUGCUUUGGAUGCUCUCCGUAGCAGCACAAUAAGGAAGGUUUUCUUGGUUGGACGACGUGGCCCCGCACAGGCAGCUUGCACAGCAAAGGAACUACGUGAAAUAUUAGGUUUGAAAAAUGUCCACGUUUGUAUCAAGGAAGCUGAUCUUGUGACCUCACCCGCAGAUAAGGAGGAGAUGAGUAAUAGUAGAAUUAAAAGAAGAGUCUACGAGCUGCUAUCAAAAGCCGCUACCGUGCAUCAGGAAAAGAGGAAUGAUGAUCGAAAGGAGCUUCACUUUGUCUUUUUUAGAAAACCUACCAGAUUUCUCCCUUCAGAAGAUGGAACCACAGUUGGUGCUGUGGAACUUGAAAAGACUCUUCUAAAAGAUGAUGGAGUGACUGGAAAACAAGUGGCAGUCGGAACUGGUGAGUUUGAAGAUCUGAAAUGUGGACUGGUUUUGAAGAGUAUUGGUUACAAAUCCUUGCCAAUAGAAGGUUUACCCUUCGACAAAUACAGAGGAGUUGUACCAAAUUUGAGGGGCAGAAUUCUGAGCAAUGAAUCAGAGACUGCCACGGUGGAACCAGGACUGUACGUGGUGGGAUGGUUGAAGAGAGGACCAACUGGGAUUGUUGCUACGAAUCUCCAUUGUGCUGAGGAAACAGUGGCUAGCAUACUUGAAGAUGAAAAGAAGGGCGUGCUUGUGGCCUCAUCCGAUUCGAAAAGGCAAGGGCGGAAGGGACUACUUGAGAUUCUAGAACAAAAGAAUACCCGCUAUGUGCCCUUCCAUGACUGGGAGAAGAUCGAUUCUAAAGAGAAGACAUCAGGCCAGCUGAAGAACAAGCCUAGAGAGAAGAUUACAGCCUGGGAUGAGCUCCUGAAAGUUGCAAAGGAGGGAUAAUUGAAGAGCAGUUCCUUGGACAAUUUUGGUACCUGGCUUAGACAUGUUUAAGAGAUCGUUAGCCAUGUAUGAUAAAGAUAAUAAAGCAAGCAAAUUUUCAUCUGAGCGUUAGAACAUACCACUACGGCAGAGCUUUGCAACUGUAGACGCUCAACAGUUUGCCAUAUCAUAGCAUGGCAUUGCAAUGGUGGUGAGUGGUGACAUAAGGUACACAUUGUUCUAGUACAUGCAAAUCAACUCCCUA